UAAAGAUUUAUACCGUCUGUGGUAAAUUACAGCUUAAGAGUGUUCAGUCAGACAUAAGUAGCUCUAGUGAGCAUGUGAAUGUGAUGCUUACUUUGGAUUAUGGAACUUUUUAUUAUUAUUAACGGAUUCAGUAUUUAUUAAACUCGGUGUAUCCGUUGUUGCUUUGGAGAUGCAGAGACUGAUUAAAGAGACACGACGUCACUCUUUCUACUCAUACCUGAGCCAAAGGCGGGCUGACAGCUGGGAGGAGAGAGACGCAGAAAAGCGGAAGUUUUUCCGCCUCAGCGUUUACAGAAAGUGAGAGAAAGCAGCGGGAGAACAGUGCCUCACACUAAGCUGCUUCACAAACACUGAAGAAUGAUUUUCCAUCAGCAGUGAUUCCUGGUGUUCACAUUUUACAUGAAGUAUUGAAGGUGGUAACUAUGACGACUAAGAAGCUGCUCAUUGAAACACUGAACCAGUUGAGUCCAGAGGACUUUGCUGAGUUCAAGUCACUCACUGAACUGGAGAAAGAUCUAUCAUCCGAGCCAAGGGGUCGACUGAAAACAUCAAACACACAGGAUGUAGUGAAGCUGAUGGAGGAGACGUACAGAGGAGAGAGUGUGGAGGAGACCAGAAAGGCUUUAAUGAAGAUGAACAGGACUGAUCUGGUGCAGAGAUUAUCAGACAAACAGUUUCCUCCACUGAGCCAGAGAGUGGAAACGAUGGAGUCUCUUAUUGAGCUGCUUUUGGAGACACUGGCUGAUCUGAGAGGCAGCGAGGUCAGAGACUUCAUCGAGAUCCUGAGAAGAAAACAUGGCUCAAUGAGCCCCAUGAGUCUGUCUGAGAUGUCAGACCUGCCGGACGUGCAGGAUGUGGUGUUUUUGAUGGUGAGGACUUUUGGCCAACAGUCAGUGAAGAAGAUCGUGGAGGUCUUAAAGGAGAUGAAGAGGACUGAUCUGGCUCAGAGGCUGACAGACAGCAGCUCAGAAGCUCAAAGUGAGAUAAAGACAAAACAUGUUAAAAUCAUAAAAGUGUUUCUGCUUCAGUUCAUAUUAGAAACAGUCAGAUUUACAGAGCAAAGAGAGCAUUGUUGA